CAUGCUCAUCUUGGGACACAAGACACACUUUGCUGUCUACAGCAGACCUAAUGGUCAUCCUAUUGUUUUCUUUUAUUUAUGUGAAGACAACUAUCACCGGGAAGCUGAAUCUCAGAAGCCUGUGACCUCUGAGUUUCCGAGAUGAAGAAGUCAGAGAAACCCGCCUUCUCUCUGGAGGCCGAUGACCGGACAGACGCCGAGAAAUAUCGCGCCAAAGGACCAAAACAAGAUGUUCUAGGAUCUGUUUUAAGUGUGGGCCACGAGGCACCCAAAGCCCCCAUGGACACAGACUACCAGGAGGAAAUGGAAGAGACUGGACCUCAAAUACGAUUUAACCUCAACUUUGACAAGGGGAUCCGAGGUGUGGCUCAGGACAACACCAAGCGAGACAGUCAAACAUUCGACAUCGGCAGACUGUUCGAAGCCGCGGCCAGUGGGGACGUCACCAAGUUAGAAGGCCUGCCUCAGUAUCUGCACCGAAACAUGAAGAAACUCUCCGACUCUCUGUAUCAGUCGUAUGGUAAAACUGCCUUGAUGAAGGCCCUGCUCCACCUCAGAGACGGCAAGAACCCCAAUGUUGAAUUAUUACUCGACAUCUCACAGAGGAUGGACGACAUUAAAGAGUUUGUCAAUGCAGCGUACACCGACAGUGUCUACAAAGGCCAGACGGCACUGCACAUAGCCAUCGAGCGGAGGAGUCUGAGCUACGUCAAGCUUCUGCUCAGCAAAGGAGCAAACGUCCACGCUAAAGCCUGUGGGAAAUUCUUCCAGCCCGGUGACGACGGCCCCAGCUUCUACUUUGGUGAGCUACCUUUGUCCCUGGCAGCGUGCACCAACCAGCCCGACGUGGUGGAAUUCCUCAUGGACAACGCGUACGACCAGGCGUACGCGAACGUGGCCGACUCUCAGGGCAACACGGUGCUGCACGCCUUGGCGGUGGUGGCUGACAACACCGAGGAGAACACCGACUUAUUCAUCACCAGCAUGUACGACCGCAUCCUGACCGCCGCGGCGCGACUGAGGCCCGAAUUCAAUCUGGAGGAGAUCGAAAACAACAACGGCUUGACCCCGCUCCAACUGGCUGCCAAGACUGGCAAAAGUGGGCUUUUCGCACACAUCCUGAAGCGGGAGUUUCAGGAGAGCCACACCAAACAUCUGUCUCGCAAAUUCACAGAGUGGGUUUACGGUCCGGUCCAGAGCUCCUUGUACGACCUGGCGUCGGUGGACUCGGCGGACAGCAAUUCAGUCCUGGAGAUCCUGGUCUACGGCAGCGAUAUCCCCAACCGCCAUGAGAUGCUCCAGACGGAACCUCUGCGCCAACUCCUGGAGGACAAGUGGAAAAGGUUUGCGGGGCGAAUGUUUUGUCUCAACUUCCUGGUCUACUUUGUGUACCUGGUCAUCUUCACUGCAGUGGCCUACAACAAGAAGGACGGAAAGACACCAUUUCCUCUGGAACAUACCGCGACAGGUUACCUCUACUUUUCAGGGCAGCUCUUGAUAACGCUGGCAAACUGCUAUUUCUUCCUUAUGGGGUUUUUAGAUAUGAAGCGGAAACGACCAAAUCUGCAGACCUUGCUGAUUGAUGGAUAUUAUGACAUCCUUUUCUUUGUGCAGGCCGGCCUGUUCCUGGCCGCAGCCGUCUUCUAUGUCUGUGGGAGGCAAGAGUAUUUGGGCUUCCUGGUGCUGUGUCUUGCUCUCAGCUGGGUCAACCUGCUGUACUUUGCUAGGGGCAGUACAAUGGGCAUCUACAGCGUCAUGAUACAGAAGAUGAUCCUCAGCGAUAUCCUGCGCUUCCUGUUUGUCUACGUCGUCUUCCUCUUUGGCUUCUCGGCAGCGGUGGUCACACUGCUCGUUGAGCCCCCCGUGAAAAACACCACUGCUCAGAGGGGCCGCCUCUUCGGACCACUUUACCCCGACGCCGAGUGCGUCAAGCCCACCUUCCGGAACAUCUCCUACACCACGCUGCAGCUCUUCAAGUUUACCAUCGGCAUGGGCGACAUGGAGUUCACCGAGCACUACCAGUACAAGGAAGUCUUCUACGUGCUGCUCAUCUUUUACAUCAUCCUCACCUACAUCCUGCUGCUCAACAUGCUCAUCGCCCUCAUGAACCGCACCGUGGAGAAGAUCACCAUGGAGAGCGCGAGCAUCUGGAAGCUUCAGAGGGCAAUCACGAUCCUGGACAUGGAGAAAAGGCUCCCACUCUGUGCGAGGAAGCGGCUCCGCUCUGGGGUGGACAAAAAUCUGGGCACGCCCUCUGACCGAGAUCACCGCCGCUGUUUCAGAGUGGAGGAAGUCAACUGGAACAAAUGGAACAUCCACCUGGGUAAAAUCAAUGAGGAGCCCGGCUACUGGGAUCGAACGCGACUGCCGACGUCAGACAACCCGCCGAUUCAAACUAACCAAGGGAGGAGCCGGAGAGGCUUCUUUGCCGAGCGCAGAAAAGGGCCGCAGUCCACCGAAAUGAGCAAUUUCCCAGUGUGAGCGCGCAGGAAAUGGACUGAUUAUCAAAUGCAAAUGGUUUCUAAUUUCAGUUUGUAUGCAACAAUGCACAUCGUUAGUAAAAAUAAAUAAAAUGAUUCAUGGUAUAAGCCGCGUCAGAGAAGCAUCAGAAUGGCCUGUAGCGAGAUUGGUCACAAAGGUCCUGAGCCCACCAUCUUAAUGUGCCCCCCCUUCUGCAAGUCCCAUUGCAUCACAGACAGACAAGCUUCAUUUAGUGCCCUGGAGCAACACAUUUAGUGCAGCCACAUACAACUUGCCAUGCCAUUGUUCUUGUUUGGAAACGAAUCCACGGUAAAUCCAGACAAUGGCUCUGACACGCAUGAAAGCAUAAAUUAGAAUUUUAUUUUAUUAUUACAAUAUUACAAAAAGAGUAGCACAACUCUCACGCUCUUGCUUCGGAUCCAUCUUGAAAUAUGAUAAAAGGCUUUGGACCUUCUUCCUUUUCACAGCAAUAGAACAGGAUUGGGGGGGGGGGGCAACGACACAUAAAUAAGCAAAUCAAGUCUCAUAAAUAGUCAACUGCAAAAACUGAAGCUUUGAAACUUGAGGGGGGAAAAAUGUUAAGUUCAGUAACUACACACUCCUAAAAUAAAUUGUAUAAUUAACGUAUCGCUCCUUUUCUGGCCUCCCAUAACAAAUCUCUAAGGAAUUGCUCUGUCUAGUCAAUACAAUUUAAUUCAAAUAAAAAGGGUAGAACCCCCCCCCCC